GUAGAAACGGAGCGAGGCAAGGCGCCACACUUGGCGCCACCUCUACCCUACCCCCAACAGUCGUGCUCCCGUGGCGCGUUCUGGGGUGCUACUGCGCAGUCGCAGAAGCUUCUCUUAGGAGGGGAGGUCUCAGUCCUUCCGUUUGGCGCCUCUAUCUGCUGCAGUUGCCUCGUGGGCACGGUCGCGAUCCAGCGGGUCCAGCCGCAGCGCAGACGCCGAUCCUACAGCACUCAGAGUGGGACUCCCUUCCUUACGAUGUCUGAAGAGGAGGACUAUAUUAUUAUAACUGUUGAGGAUGACAGUGACGGCGAUGAUGACAUUGGUGUUGUGAUAAUAGAAGACUCUGAAACAGAACUUACAGAGAACACACAUCCCACUGAUGGCAUGUUGACUAUAGAACCAAAUUUUCAAGCCAGCAAUGAUAACUAUCAGCAACUAUCCCAAAUGAGAUAUGGAGUAGGUGGUUUACCAGCCCUACGUGACCAAGCAGUUCCACAAAUGAACCAUCUAGCAAAUUUAAAAAGAUACAGCUCGAACUCAGUGGAAAUGGAUCUUCUCCCCCCACAGCUCAAAAGAGGAUGUUCAUCUUUUUUAAGGGUGGGUAAUAUGGCAAGCAAUGCAUUUGAAGGUUUCCGUGAUGAAAAUCAUCAAAACCGACUUACAGAACUCCAACACCAUUGCAAGGACUUGCAUGAACUUAUUGAAAGCACCAAUAGGCAGGUAAACAACCUUUGUGGAAUCAUUUCAAAAAUGCAACAGCCUUGGGAGAAACCACUGUUGCCAGACUGUGAAGACGACAGCCCACCUGGACCAGUGGGAAGGAAGGAGAACCAUGUCCUGCCCAACCCUGCAGAGAUCUCUCUUCAGCCAGCCGUGCUGCCCGAGCCGGUCGUCAGGGAGAGUCCGCCCUUUCCCAAAAUUGUCUCCACGUAUUCAUUGCAGCCCAGUGUCACACCAGGCAGCCCAGCUCCUGGACUUGCUGUCCUGUCCUAUGUUUUCAGUGAAGGAGAUGAAGAGGUCACCGGGGAUCUCUCCUCUGCCCAGCAUCCAGCUCUGCCUGCAGCACUCCUGUCCCCGGGAGAACCCCUCAUGGCACUAUCCCCCGAGGUGGCCACCUGCUCAACUGGACAGGGACCUAUCCCCGUGGGCCCUGACCCGGCUUCGUUGGCUUUCUGCAUCCCCUCCAAUUUCGCUCCUGAAAACCUUUUAUUUGUAGAAAUGCCAGGAGAAGCAGAAGCCAGCCUUGGAAACAGUAUGGAGUCAGUAUAUUACCCAAGUUCCCGGGGAGAUGGCAGUGGCCAAGACACUGUCUCAUCUGUUUUCAUCCUUCCUAAUUUUGUAAUAACAGAGACCAGCUUGGAAAACAACCCUGAGAUGACAAAUUACCAAACUCUAUCAGGAAAUAACAGUGACCAUUGUUCAUCUGUCUGCCUCCCACCCAACUUUGCGGUUGAAAAAUUCAUACUCAUAGAAGUGCCGGAAAAAUCAGAAACCAGCCAGGAAAACAGCUCUAAGACAAUCUAUUACCCAGCUUUACUGGGAAGUAUCAAUGGCCCAGGGACUGACUCUUCAUCUGCCUCACUCCCGCCCAAUUUUGUUGAAAAAGUUGUACUUGUAGAAACGCCAGAAAAUGCGGAAACCAGCCUGGAAAACAGCUGUCAGACAGUGUAUUACCAAACUUCGUCGGGAAAUGACAGUGACCCAGCUCCUGCCUCUUCAUCUUUCUCCAUCCCGCCCGAUUUCGAAGUUUUGGUCAAAGCAGAAACCAGCCUGGAGAAUAGCACCCAGAUGACAGAUUAUCAAGCUUUGGUGGAAAAUGACAAUGGUCAAGAAACUUCAGCAUAUUACUUCAUUCCUUCCAAUGUGGAAUCUGGCAAAGAAAUGAAUUCUGAGACAACGAGUUCCCCAAUUUUAAUGGAAAAUGACAACAAACAAGAUACUGGCUCAGAAUCUUUCUUUCUUGCUCCUGGUUUUGCGCUUUUACCUGUAGAAAUACUGUUAAAAGCAGAAAACAGAGUGGGAAACGUCCCUGAGAUAAUGAAUUACCCAGUUGUAUUGGAAAAGAACAAUAGCCAGGAUUCUAUCUCGCCAUCUCUCUGCGGAGCUUCUGGUUUUGGGUAUCUUGGUGAUCCGAAAAGGAAUGUCAGGUUGCUUAAUACUAAUUUGCUGACUGCGCAAAAGAAGAGCCAUCCAAGGCAUGCAGCCCGCUACUUGGUUCAUGUUUUGUUCUCCAAGGAAAUUCUGGUGCGCAGCUGGGUAGGCAUCAAUUCCCAAGGCCGCCAACCUCUAGAUCCAAACAAAGUGGCUGCAAUAAGAGAACAUCUGGCAACAAAUUUUCCCAACCAUGAUUUGCGUGAAUGUGGAAAAGACUGGAAAACCUGUGUUGCUGAUAUCAAUUCUCUGAUCUAUUGUUUAUGUGCUGAAUCCAUCACAGCACCACAGAGAACUGGUGACAGCAAUAAAGGCCCCCCCAGUCUCCACAUCCCAGUGCCUGCACAUUUGAAUGAUAAAGGGGGGACUGAUGGCCAUGAAAGCAGUUCCCAGCUUUGUGAGCGAACCAUUGCCUUCGAAACAAGAGAAAAUGGGAAUUCUUGGUGGGACAACAGUGUUUACCCUCAAGGAGUUCAAGAACUUCCCACUGAGAAUUCAGUGAUAUGUUAUGAAGCACUGGAAUAUCUUGGAAAUCCGGGUAGAAAUAUACAGUUGCCACAUUCAGUACUGACUAUAGCCAAAGGGAAGUCUCGCCCAGAGCUGGCAGCCAGAUACCUCAUUCGCAACCUGUUCACAGAAGACGUCUUGAUAAAAAGUAAUGUCUAUGGCAAUCUGGGGUACGGCAUGUAUGCCCUUAACCCCAACAGGAUUCACGCUCUUCGAGAAUUUCUUCAAGACAUCUACCCGACUUGCAGUCUCUCGGAAACCGGAUACGACUGGAAGUUGUGUGUGACAGCUAUCAAUAGCUCCAUCCGUAGUCUUCGCUAUGACCUCAAGAAGUCUACAUCCAAACCGUAG